AUGUUAGAAUACAUUCGUGGAAAGAAAGGUGCCAGAAACAUCGUCAAAGUUCCUCCGCGAAUAGACACUCAAUAUGCAUGUGAUUGUGGUGCAGGCAUAGGAAGAGUUUCAAAACAUUUUUUAUUGAAGGUGUUUGAUAAAGUCGACUUAGUUGAAUAUACACCAAAAUUCAUUAAGCAUGCCGAAAAAGUAUAUUUGGCCAACGAAAGGAGGAAUGGAAGAAUCGGAAAGUUUAUAUGCAUGGGAUUACAAGAAUUUGAACCCGAAGAAAGAAAAUAUGACUUAAUAUGGUGUCAAUGGGUUCUUGGACAUUUGACGGAUGAUGAUAUG